UUUGUUGCCAGGGGUUUGGAGAUUAAUGGCUAUAUUUUGAGUAGAAAAUGAAUCAUUAUAUAAGCUGCACACAGACUACUUUUCGUUGUGUCAAAGUGUCAUUUUGUCAGUGUUGUCCCAUGAAAAGAUAUACUUAAAUAUCUGCAGGAAUGUGACGGGUGUCCUCACUUUUGUGAUACACUGUAAACUAGGAGGACUGGCUGUGAAUUCUCAUCUUUCAGUGCCACUGGGGCUGGAUUCCAAUCCCUUUUGACAAGGAGGGUUGACUGAAUGAAAGUGUGCUCGUGAAAAAAACAAAGGAGUAUUGAUACUUUUGCAAUCAAAUAUCUUAUCAGGAUACAACAUUUCGGUAACGAUAUUUUUGAUCACACUACAGCCAACAGGAGGGACACCUGGGUUUCUUUGAUGUUUGAUUGACAACAUUGACAUUUGAGCUGGUCGACCGGCAUGAAAGUCAACACCCGAAGCGCAGCUAUCGUUCCUGUGUGACCCAAUAGGGCUAGCUGGUCACGUUACACCGGCGGUGCGACGCCAUGGAGGAGCCCGGUGUCUUGCGAGUGCGGCACGAGUGCCUCAACGAUAUCUUCUGCUUCUCUCUGCCACUACUUUGUCCUGCUUGCGGCGAGGCUUUAGCGGGAAGACGCCUGCACCAGGCUCCGGUCAGCCUCCCCGAUCCGCUCGGCGAUGGACACAAAACGCCCUGCUGCCUCCUAGUCGCGCCUGUUGACCGCCACGCCGGCGGAGACUUUGAUGGGACAUCGGAACUUCACACUGGAAUCUCCAACACUUCAGGCAUGGUGUACAACUACACAGAGAGGGGCGUAGUGCAAGACCGGCACGGCUGGGACCGCUGCCUGAGCGUCCCUCUGGUCAGACCUGACAUGUUCCACCUCCUGGCCCAGUGGGACCGGUACCUGGAGCAGUUCUCACGUGGACCCAUGUGGGACCCAACCUGUCGCAGUUUCUGCGAGGACUCUCACAACUGUCUGACGUUCUGUGUGGCGUUCAUCAACGGUGUGCUGGCGGCGGAGGGUCACGGCAGAGCCAGCUUGAGCAGAGACGACUUGACGCGCGAUGUCAUCGCUCCCGCCGUGAGCAGAGCGUGCAAGUAUGCAGCGCUUCGCAGACACCUGCAACAACAUCAGUUCUAUGUGAUGGACAUGCCUGCAGGGCCAUCGGGACCCCAGCCUGAUCACCUUCCUUAAUCUUGGAAUUUAAAGUUGCGUGUUGCGAAAUUAAAAUCCCAUCUCAAAGUCAAUCCUACUCCAUUUUCUACCAGAAUGACAAUAUUGUGAAAAAGUGGUCACAAAAGUGAACUAGUCUCCAGUGUAGUACUGUAUUUACUAGGCACAGAUACUCUGCUGGCUGGUAUUGGCUGAUGCCAUACAUCUAAAUUCCCCACCCCAAAUUUGAACAAAGCUAUUCUAACAUUAUAGCCUUAUUAAAAAAAUGAUUAUAUGAACAAGUAGCAAAGUAGGAGUAGAAGGAGGAGCGUUAGUGUAGUAGGAGUGUCGAAAAUAUUCCAUUUUUUUAUGGCAAAUCAGUUGUGCAGCACAAAAUGAGGUUGCAAAUAAACAUUUUAUUUGUUCUGCAAAGUUUCAGUAGUUAGUUAUAUAUACUGUAGUAUAAUAUGUACUGUGAGCAUAUAUAUCCGCUAUUAUAUACACAGUAUAUACAUACCGUAAUUUUCAGAAUAUAAGCCGCACCUGACUAUAGGCCACCACCCACUAAAUUUGACACGAAAUUGGCAUUUGUUUAUAAACCGCACCAGACUAUAUGACGCAGCUCUCCUGACUGUAUUAUGGGAUAUUUACACUGAAAGAUAUUAACGGGUAAUACCUAAUUUGACAGCGACGUCAUAAGACGGUCAUAAUUAUGACAUGACACUGUCAUGGGCAUUCGUGAAUGCUUAUGACAGAUGUCAUUAAGUGUCAUCCAGCAAAUUUUGUCACUCACUCCAUUUAUGUCCAACUCGGAUCUUUUACAUCCAUUCAAAAGUGAGAUUUCCCGGCUGCAAUUUAUCGCUGCUUGCGUGUGUAGCGUGCACUCGGCACAUGUUCGUGUUGACUCCAUUUCUGUUCACAGAUGUUUAUUGGUCAUCAACACUGUAGAAUUAGUUCAGACAUAAAAACUAAGAAAAUACAUCUAUAUUAAACAUUGUAAAACGUUAGCAUUGCUACAUUGAGGCUAAUGGGGGGAAAAAAGACCAUCU